CAUCAGAAGGCGGAGCUUAGCGUUCGCAUUUUUUCCCAAAGCAGCUUCCCGGGACAUGGCGGCUCCUGGUCCUGUGACUCCGGGGCCACCCUUUGAACCAGCACAGCCCCCAGUCAUUGAGGGCUUUAGCCCCAGUAUCUACCGCACUCAAGAAAGCUUCAAGGAAAAAUUUAUUCGCAAGACCCGCGAGAACCCAAUGGUACCCAUAGGCUGCCUGGGCACGGCGGCCGCCCUCACCUACGGCCUCUACUGCUUCCACCGGGGUCAGAGCCAGCGCUCUCAGCUCAUGAUGCGCACCCGGAUCGCUGCCCAGGGCUUCACGGUCGCAGCCAUCUUGCUGGGUCUGGCUGCAUCUGCUAUGAAGUCUCGAUCCUGAGUCCGAGACCUGGCCUUGAACGUUGCACAGAGAUCAUUCCCGGACCCAGGAGCAACCACCGGCCCCGCUACCUGACUUAUUCCUUCGUCUCCCCUGACAAGGCCCCUAUCAGCAGGGGAGGAAGUGGCCAAUUGUGUAACUGACAGGUGUUUUUUCGGGAAUCUCGGAUUCGUUUCAGUUUGGGUGUUGCAUACUUGUAUUUGUGCCCCACUCUCUUCACUUCCUCCUUAAUAAACUGAUCCACUUGUA